UCUCUCAAUCAUUUCGCUUCUUUCUCUCUCUUAUUUUCUCAUACCUCUAAUUCCUUCCCUUACAUCCUCCUUUCUUCUUCCCUCCUUCACUUCUAUACUUCUAUCUCUCUCCCCCACUUCACUCCUUUCUCCUUCGUCGGCGGGCUCCCCUUACUCUCUAUAUCUUAUUAUUUCCCCCUAUUUUGGGCCCCAAUUUUUAUCCCCAAAUUAUUUUAUUUUAUAUUUUAAUUUCUAUUUUUUCGAUAAAUUCAUUUCUUUCACUCUCAAAAUCUUUCCCAUAUGUCGGCGAUAGACGGAGCAACCAACGGUGGCGGCGGAGGCGGUGCUUUAAUCGAACUCCCUCACUCUCUCUCCUCUCAACAGCAACAACAACAACGCCAGGCAACCACCGCAACCACCACCACAGCGUUAGCCGUUAAGAAAGCCCCCGCCAAAGAUAGGCACAGCAAAGUUGAUGGCAGAGGGAGGAGGAUAAGGAUGCCUAUCAUUUGCGCCGCACGUGUUUUUCAACUCACACGUGAGUUGGGACAUAAGUCCGAUGGUCAGACAAUCGAGUGGCUUCUCCGACAAGCUGAACCUUCAAUUAUUGCGGCUACCGGUACCGGCACCACUCCCGCCUCCUUCUCUACCUCUUCCCCUCACUCUCUAGCUUCUCACCACCACCUUCGCACGGUGGGGCUGACUACUUCAGCUGACAACAAAGUAUCCCCGUCGCCGUCCCCCACCCCGUUUCUAUUAGGGAAGCGUCUCAGGACCACCGCCGAGGAAAACGAAGCUCAAAACGGUGGAGUUGAGAAGGAAGACGUUGUUACCACAGCCUCUCUUGGGCCGACGGCUGGAUACUGGAUCCCUACGCGGCCCGAUUUUUGGAGCUUUGCUACCCCUGACAUGGUCGUGGGCCCUACUUCUGCCCUUGGACAACAGGCGGCGGCUGCGGCGGCUAUGGCCGGAAGGUUUCUAUCUCAUCAACAGCAGCAGCAGGUGACACUAGGGGAAGCUUCUAGAGUUGGGAAUUACAUGUCGAUUGGUCAGGGACAUCAUCUUAAUCUACUGGCUUCGUUAUCGGGUGCUCCAGCUUCCGGUGGAGGCGCUGGUGGUUCUUCCGGCGGUAGGAGAGACGAUGAUCCUCGUUGAUGAAUUCAAUGGUUAAAUUCCUUAUGAAUUUGCUCCAAUUUGGGGAUUGUAUUGUAAGUAAACAAAAAAAAUAAUUGUGCAUUUGUUGUUGAAUUUGGUGUGUGAGAGUAGUAUUUUUUUUGGUUUAAACUUAGGGUUUAUGAUUAUGUUUUGAGUGUGAGUGUGUUCGAUCUUUCUCGAAGGGGAGGAAAGAAGAACAAGUAGGAGUUUGCUGUUUGAUUGAUUUAAUUCAAUUUUAGGGUUUUUAGGGUUUAGGAAUCUGUUCCCUUUUUUUUUUUUAGGGUUCCUUGUUUUUUUGCUCUGUUGCUUUGUCAAUGGAAGGAACGCGGGAGGAUGAAGAUGAGGAAGAUGAAAGAAUUGGGUUCUGAAAUUCAUUGUAAUUGCCAACAGAGUUUUUGAAUUUGUUCAACUGAAUCAAAAAAAAAAUGUGGGGAAAUCCUAUUGGAAGGUUUCAUCCUCACUAAUUAUGAAUAUGAAGUUGCAAUCUUUUUCUGUAA